CACCGCAUUUACAGUCAUGUGGAAAGAAUUUAAAUAGUAACUUUGAACGGACACGUUUAUAUGAAUGAGCCACAAAUCUUCUAUUUGUAACAGCGCGCGUGUAUAAUCGCUCGGCCUUAAAAGCAUCUUCAUCAACUGAGGGGGAAAAAAGAUGCCGCUGUAAAACUUUUCAAUGCUUUAACGAGAGAGAGAAUGAAUCGCCACGAUGGGUGAGAAAGACAGAACAGAGAGAACUUUUGAUACUAUCCGACAUCAACAACGAGAAUAAGCAUGAUUACAUAGAUACCGUCUUUACUUGUUUGAGAAAAAGUUUGGCCAGUUUUGGGGCGAAUUAUGGCGCGAGAGAUUGGAGAGUCUGGAGAAGCCACAAGUGCCAAAGUGAAAAAGCAUAAAAGAAGGAAAAGCAAAAAGGAGAGCAAAACAAGGACUGUACACGCCAACCUUUUGUAUGACCAUACCAAAGGAGGGGAAAACCCCAACAGACACUAUGCAGACAAUAAGAUCAAAACCACAAAAUACACUCUGCUUUCUUUUCUACCGAAGAACCUCUUCGAGCAGUUCCAUCGAUUUGCCAACGUGUAUUUUGUUUUCAUCGCCUUACUGAAUUUUGUGCCAGUGGUCAAAGCUUUUCAACCAGAGUUGGCUCUUGCCCCUGUGGUGUUUAUUUUGUCUGUUACAGCUAUCAAGGAUUUAUGGGAGGACUACAGACGCCACCGUUCGGAUAAAGAAAUAAACCAUGUGGACUGUCUCGUUUACAGUAGGAGUGAGAAACACUUUGUCGAGAAAUACUGGAAGGAGGUGCUGGUCGGAGAUUUCAUUCGUCUGCGCUGCAAUGAGAUUCUGCCUGCGGACGUUCUGCUGCUCAGCUCCAGCGACCCUGACCGCCUGUGUCACAUUGAGACGGCCACACUGGACGGAGAGACCAACCUCAAACAGAGGCAGGUGGUGCGCAGCUUCAUCGACCUGGACUGCGAGUUUGACCCAUUAAAAUACAACAGCAUUAUUGAAUGUGAGAAGCCCAACAAUGACCUCAACAGGUUUCGAGGAUACAUAAUCCAUCACAGUGGUAGGAGAGACGGGCUUUACAAAGACAAUCUGCUGCUCAGGGGCUGCACCAUACGCAACACAGAGGAAGCUGUAGGAAUUGUCGUUUAUGCAGGUCAUGAGACGAAAGCAAUGCUAAACAACAAUGGCCCUCGCUACAAACGCAGCAAGCUGGAGCGGCAAAUGAACAUAGAUGUGUUCUGGUGUGUCAUCAUACUCUUGGUCAUGUGCCUCUUUUCUGCAAUUGGGCAUGGCCUCUGGAUGUUUCAGUAUGGAGAUAAGCGGCCAGUCUUUGAUGUCCUGAGCCCAGAAGGAACAGACUUGUCUCCAGUGGUCUCGGCCAUUUAUCUCUUCCUGACCAUGAUAAUUGUAUUCCAGGUGCUGAUCCCAAUCUCGCUCUUUGUCUCCAUUGAAAUAGUGAAGAUAUGCCAAGUGUACUUUAUCCAUCAGGACAUGGAGCUGUAUGAUGAGGAGACCGAUUCUCACCUGCAGUGCAGGGCUCUGAACAUCACUGAAGACCUGGGCCAGAUGCAGUACAUCUUCUCUGACAAGACUGGCACGCUCACAGAAAACAAGAUGGUGUUCCGGCGUUGUACUGUGGCAGGAGUGGAGUACUCACAUGAUGCCAAUGCGAGAAGGCUUGCUAUGUAUCAGGAGGUAGACUCUGAGGAGGAGGACUGUACAUCUCAUGGUGGAAACCUCCCACGUAGGGACAGUGUCGCCAGUAACCAGAGCGGAAAAGUGGUGUUACGAUCCCAGAGCACCAAAUCUCACCGUCGUACCGGGAGCAGAGCAGAAGCCAAACGGGCCAGCAUUCUAUCCAAACACACCGCCUUCAGCAGCCCCAUGGAGAAGGACAUUACACCAGAUCCUCAGCUCAUGGAUAAGGUGAACGAGUGUAGCUGUCAGAUGGAGUUCAUGCGUUUCCACAGUCAGCCCCUGAACAAGAUUCCCCCUGACCUGUGUGACAUCUUUGACUUUUUCAUCGCCCUCAUCAUCUGCAACACUGUUGUUGUGUCCUCGCCCAAUCAACCCCGGCAGAAGGUGCGUCGAUACGAGUUGAAGUCUCCAGUGAAGACCAUAGAGGACUUUAUCAAACGCUUCACCCCAAGUCGCCUGACCUCUGGCUCCAACAGCAGCAGCUCCUUCAGCUUGGCAACCAACUGUUCCUCCUCUCACAGGGUGGGCUCCAGCAUGCUAUCCUCCCCCUCGGCCAAUGGCACGCUUUCCAAGCUGAACGGGGAGAAGCCUCCAGAUCGUAACCUGCAACAUGCCUACAGUCCCAUCCCACCCAACUAUGAUAAAACAAAAGCCUUGGCUCAAGAUGAGUGCGAGCUACGAUUUGAGGCAGAGUCACCAGACGAGGCAGCACUAGUUUAUGCAGCCCAGGCUUAUAAGUGUGCUCUGGUUGGUCGUUUACCUGAUCAGGUGACUGUGGAGCUUCCACACUUGGGCAAACUAAGCUUUGAGCUGUUACACACACUUGGGUUUGACUCCACAAGAAAGAGGAUGUCGGUGGUGGUCAAGCACCCCCUAACUGAGCAAAUCACAGUCUACACCAAAGGUGCUGAUUCGGUCAUCAUGGAUUUGAUCAGACCGGCCACAGAUGAUGUCAAAGGAAAACGACAAAGGAAAGUCUUGUAUAAAACGCAAAACUACUUAAAUCUCUAUGCCGCAGAUGGUCUGAGAACUCUCUGUAUUGCCAAAAAGGUCCUCAGUAAGGAGGAGUAUGCCAGUUGGCUACAGCGCCACCUGGAGGCAGAGACAGCAAUACAGAGAAGGGAGGAGCUGCUUUUUGAGUCUGCUUUACGCCUAGAGACCAACCUUCAUCUAUUAGGAGCAACAGGUAUUGAGGACAGACUUCAGGACGGGGUUCCAGAGACCAUCGCCUCUCUGAGGAAAGCUGGCCUUCAGAUCUGGGUGCUGACAGGAGAUAAACAAGAGACGGCCAUCAACAUCGCCUACGCCUGCAAACUGCUGGACCCAGAGGAAGAGAUCAUCACUCUCAAUGCUGACUCACAGGAGGCCUGUGCCGUAUUACUUGAGAACAGUUUGCACUAUAUCCAAGCCAAGUUCCUUUGCAACUCACCACCAGAUCCUGCUAGAGACUAUACUGGUGUCCACUUCUCUCUAGCUUGUUCCCCGGCUUCCUCUACACACUCCAGCACCUUCCUUGUGCACCGACUUGGACUGGUGAUCGACGGCCGCACCCUGGCUUACGCACUGGACAACAAUUUGGAGGACAAGUUCCUGGCCGUGGCUAGAAGCUGCAGGUCUGUGCUGUGUUGUCGCUCAACACCCCUGCAGAAGAGCAUGGUGGUGAAAUUAGUGCGUAACAAGCUCAAGGUCAUGACCUUGGCGAUAGGUGAUGGGGCUAAUGAUGUCAGUAUGAUCCAAGUGGCUGAUGUAGGGGUUGGGAUCUCUGGACAGGAGGGCAUGCAGGCAGUCAUGGCCAGUGACUUUGCCCUUCCACGGUUUCGAUACCUGCAGAAGCUGCUCUUGGUUCACGGCCAUUGGUGUUACUCUCGUUUAGCCAACAUGAUCCUCUACUUCUUCUACAAAAAUGCUAUGUUUGUCGCCCUCAUCUUCUGGUAUCAGUUCUACUGCGGGUUCUCCGGGUCAGCCAUGGUUGAUCAGUGGUAUCUGAUCUUCUUCAACCUGAUGUUCUCUGCAUUCCCUCAGCUCAUCACUGGCACCUUGGAUAAAGAUGUGUCAGCAGAAACCUUGCAGGAGCUCCCUCAGCUUUACAUGAAUGGACAAAACUCAGAGGAAUAUAAACCCUACAUGUUCUGGAUGAACAUGAUUGAUGCCUUCUACCAAAGCCUCAUCUGUUUCUUCAUCCCAUACUUUGCUUACGCUGAUUCUGAUGUGGAUUUUUUCACUUGGGGCACUCCAGUCACCACUUUGGCCCUUUUCACCAUUUUGCUCCACUUGGGCAUCGAAACCAAAACCUGGACUUGGAUGAACUGGGUAUCGAUUGGCUUCAGUAUAGCUCUAUUCUUCGCUGUGGCUCUGUGCUACAAUUCUUCCUGCCCAACCUGCUUCUCUCCCUCUAACACUUACUGGACCAUGCAGAGGCUGUUGGGAGAAUCCAUAUUUUACCUGCUGUGUAUAGUCACACCUGUAGCCGCACUUCUUCCCAGAUACUUUUAUCGAGCCUGUCAGGGAUCUCUGUUCCCAAACCCUGUCCACGUGGGACGACAGUUGGACAAACUGCCAGUGGACAUGUGUAGGCUCUUUUUAAACCAGAGCCAGAUGAAGCUAGGCUCACUGGGGUCGCUGUUUGCCCCUCGCACCCCACAUUUACCCUUCUGCAGGCCUUUCCAGAAAGACUAUGGGCCCUUAGUGAAGCAAGCCCAAAUGAGUGGCAUCAAACAGAAGGAAAAAGCUAUAGCCAUCCCCGUCCCAUCCAAGAGCAUGGAGAUUAGGGACACACAUUUAAGCUCUGAGAACCAUAUCAAACUCAACUUCAAAAUUAAGGAAAAAGGGCACUCCGGCAGACAGGGCCCAGGAAGCCCCCUCUUGAGUCCCAUUACAGUCUCCAGCACGCUGCCGUACACCAAAGAUACUCCUGGCUCCAGGAUUGUUUUGGAUACCACAGGCCUGGAGGCCACAUUAAACCCAGCAGACCUCUGUCAGGUCGGUUUGCACACCUCCACUCCACUUCUUCCUCAAACUGAAACUAUACAGCUCAUGUCACCACCAAGUAGUCUUUUACAACCAAAGCUAGAAGACAAGGACAAUUCAAAGAAAAGACCACUCCUACUGAAAGGGGGUGGAGACAUUGACCACACCCUGUCAUCUAGCUACUCACAAGAACAUUCACUCAAAACAACGUUUCUGUGAUGCUUUCUUCCUGUUACGCUGAUUCCAAUUUGCAUAUUAGCUUUAGUCUUAUGUUUUAUUUUGAUUGACUGUUUUGUGAUACUUUAGUUUUUUUCUUUUCUAAACCAUCUCAAAAGUUAAGGAGGUUUGUUCCUCAAGGCAAAAGCAGUCAAGAGUCUUUCCUUUAUCUGUUUAUUUGGAUCUGGAUGUUCUGGCGCACUUUAAAGAACCUUCCCCUCCUACCAUCACACUCUCAUGAUAGCACUACAUUCGGCCAGUGUUUUUAUAUUUUCCCCACCCCUAAAAUGUCAGGAGCUACAGAGAUUUCUUAAAUAUGCCUUAAGAUGUUUUCUGUUAGGCUUGAGUUGGUGCCUAGCAAUUUUUUGGGAGGCAAAUGACAAGUUGCACUCUACACUAUUCACUUGUUUGGAUUUGAUGUUUUGCUGUUAGGACUAUGUUGCGCUCCAGUACAGGAUUAUGUUGAAGCUCUUAGAAAUGUACCAGAUAUUGAUAAUCAGUAUAAACUUGAGACAAACCUUGUUAAAUCUGCAUGUUAAAAUGUAAUUGUCCACUAGCGCAGUUGAACAUAGUAGUACCUUUCCAUGCAUAUAUGCUGAUAUGGGGCUUGCAGCAUUUUCCAGCUAUUGUUUGAAUGUCUUUUUUAUUUUAUCAAUUUUUGCUGCUGCUUUGCUUUUCUUGGACAGAAACCUGCAGGAUAGGAUUUAAUUUUUGCCUUUUUUUUUUAAGUUAUAUCAAAGACUGUUGCUUAAAUUGGCAACACCCCAGUUCCAAAUAGUAGACUGUACUCUCAGGGCUAUUUAACUCUACUCCUGAAGGGAUACUCUCCUAGGGAUACAUGGUUGCUACCCAUGUGGUCCAUGCAUCAAGCUACUUAGUUUUUUGACAGUGGGGGAUCCUGGUUGAUGGAAGUACAGGAUUUUACUAAGUGCAUGUGUGAACAGAAGGAUAUGUGCCGAUAAUGCCAUUUGACCCAGCAUAGAAAAGAGCGGCUUUAAGUCUAUUUUAGUACAGUUGAUAUAGUUUUAAAUAAACUUGUAUUUCUCUGCUCCGUUUACUAUAGCUGGAUCCUUCACCAAAGAUGUAAAAAGCACAUGACUUCUGGAUCUUGGCUGGAGUGUUUGUAAUGUAAUCAGUAGUUUGGGCUGAUUGUUUGAUAAGUUAAUUGGCUCAGGGCUGUGACUCCAUUAUUAAGUGUCUUUGUCCAUUACCACCACCACAUAUUACUCUACCCAAAUCAGUCCUUUUUUAAUUACAGGAAGCACUAUUUAUUGUAUGUUUAUGACUAGCUCUCUGGAAACGGCAGCAUACUUUCACAAAAACAUUCCAUUUUGAUCACUGUCAAUUAAUGAAUGGGCAUGUGCAUGACGAUGUGAUUUCUUUUUUUACAUGUAAUGUUGAAAUGCAAUGUUCAGACAAGCACAUGGGUGGUUAGCUUUAUUUCAACAAGAGAAAAUUCCACAAUGCUGCAAAUGCCAGGGGUGUGGUGUGUUAUAAUCCCCUAGAGAGGUGCUAAAAUAGUUUUUAUUGAAAGAUUAGUCAUCUUCUGCUCGCAAAACCUCAAGGCCUUGCCAAUCUGUUCAUUUGGGAUCUCAUUUGGGCAGUCACUAUCAAAAUUGUUGAUUUUAUCAACAGCCUAUCAGGGGGAUUAUGAGAACCAGUGUACUCAUUACUUAAUAUGUGAUGUGAACAGAACUUGUUCUGACCAAAAACUAAAUCUUAACUUUCCUUUCUUCCUCAGCUUGACAUUUAUAAAUAAACACAAACAACUCAAGUGUUACCAGGAGGCCAAUACAGUGUCAAAGAGCACACAAGUACUUUGUCUCUCAGUUCCCUCUGUUCCUACAAGUGCUUUCUUGAUCUUCUGCACAGCUCAGGUUCAGCAAUAGGAGGGAGCAAUAUUUUUUUUUUUACAUUUUAAUGUUCAUAUCCUGGAAGUUAUGCUGAAAUAAUUGAUAAUUUUAACUUCAGAGUCCGAUAAUUGGCAACGGUUGUAUGUACAGAAGUGCCUUUUGCUUUAGCAUACACCAGAAGAUCAGUUUUUACAUUGUGGAAUAUAUGUUAUAUGCCUUAACACUGGACAACACAUAUGUAGACGGCAAGACAUACAGGGAAUUUAAAUACAUGAAGUAUAUGUUAAUUUAUUUUGAAAAUUCUAUUAAGGAAUCAGGUUUAAUGAAAACACUUGUUUUUAAAGAAUUUAAGAGAUUAUGCCAUGUUUGUGCCAGUAAUUGGAUGCCAGGGUUCGUGUCUGUCAAGUUCCUGGCAAAGCAUCACAUGCUGUAAUAGAAGCCAUUCACAGCUGCAUUCCAAAACCUUUCCUGACCUGCAGGGCAGAUCACAAGAAAGGAAUGCCAUCCUUUCUAGCUUGUCAUAGCACAUGCAUGUAACCAUUGGGUAAACUUUGAUAUACUUUAAUGGCUUUUAUCACUGUCAUUACUAAGACAGUUCAUUCUGGCUCAUUGUACUAUCAUUAUUUUUUGUCACAGUCACUCUUCUGUAGAUUCACUACAUUUUCAGCUCUGUAUUAAAAGCACCUGUUUCAAGCGGUUCGGAGACAUUUUUGGGGUUUGUAAAAUUGUGCUCACUCAUGCUGUGUUUCUUCAUGUCAUAAAACUGAAAUAAAUGGUAAAAGAAUGUU